CUUCAAGUACAUUUCACGGUUCCUAACAUCUAUGCAUGACUUGUCGUUAUUGCAUUGUUAGCGACUAUGCAUGAGACAUUCCGGUUACCCCUCUUCGCUUUUUUGGUCGACCAAGUGUUUGUCGGGGAAGAAGUGAAUUCGCUCUGACCAAUGGUCUCUCUAGGCUCGCAAUGUUCCCAACGGGAAAAGUCAAAGUUGUUUUCAGCGUACACACGCCUGUGCAGCCAGAACCAUACCCAUCAAUGCCUCCCAGAUGAACAGGGUUCCCGCAAAAACAUGGCCGCUCGGGCUAUUUGUCCUUUUCAACCCAUAAUUAUUGCUAAAAUCCUUACGGUUAUCGGGAUACUGCUGGCCCUUUCAAAAAUACUAAUAAGAUUAAACUUGGUGGUAAUAAUCAAAAACAAUAGAGGAAAUCUUUUGGAGGUUUCCAAUAUUUCGGUCGGGUCUCUACAAUCUUUUUCUUGUUCUGGUUCCGAUCGUAUCGUUUUCGGCAAAGGGACUUGCUCCGGGCCCCAGACAACCGUGCUGGCAGUUGCUUGGUAGCAGUAGAUUUUGUUUCCGGAAUUGAUCAUUUCAAUGCUUUUCUCCAGCAUUUUUUCUCUUUCUUCCCCUUCUGAAUGCC